AUGCCUCUCUCUCUCUCUCUUCGAACUUCUGAUUUCUUACAUAACAGAGUAAAUAAUAUCCUUCGUGAUUCAACGGAUUCUCUCGUGUUUUGCCAUACGACAUCGUUAAAGCCAAGCCCUUCUUAUACAAUGGAGGAGCAGUUCAUACUUAGGGUUCCACCCUCUGUUUCAGAGCGAAUAGAUCGUCUUUUAAGCGACGAGGCUUCUACUUCCGACGAAAUCCCUUUAGAUUUGUGUUUUUCAGAGGAUGGGAGAAGCGGGACGUUUAUGAUUGGAGACGAAGAGUUCCCGGCUUCUCUCCUGGAUCUUCCUGCUGUUGUUGAGUCUUUUAAAACUUAUGAUGAUUCUGCAUUAGUCAAAACUGCUGAUAUUGGGCAGAUGAUCAUGGUUAGGGAGCCAGGUGAUCCUGCGCCUAAUACAGUUGAAUACAGACAUGGUCUAACUCCUCCUAUGAAGGAUGCUCGUAAGAGAAGAUUCCGUCGAGAGCCUGACCUUAAUCCGGAGCUUGUACAGCGCGUUGAGAGAGACUUGCUGAAUAUCUUGAGUGGUGGAACAAUCGGAAACGUAAAUGAGCAGCAAGAGGAAACAGUUGCGAAUGAGAAUACUAAUAAUAAUGCAAACAAGGUCUCUUCUUCUUCACCUGCUGCUGAUACACCUGGUGGAAAGCCUGAAGCUGCUUCUGAGACAGGGACUACUACUAAUAACAAUAAUGCAACCGAAGCUGAGCCGGAGAGAAGUGAAUCAGAAGAUUCUGAUGAUUCAAUGUGA